UAAAUAAAACUAUUGUUAUUAAUCAUUUAUUAAAACAAAUUUCACAAAACGCUUGAAGCGAGCGCACGCGUUUUUCUCUUGGUGUUAAACAAGAAAGAAAAUAAUACAGAAAACGGCAAAGAAAUAUAAAAUAAAUUAUAUUUUUUAUUGAAAAAAUCUAUAAACCCCAAAGCAAGCACUCAGUCUUCAAUCAGUGAAACGACAAUUAACUGUCAAAUUUAACAAAAAAAAAACGAAGAAAAAAGCAAAAGACGUGUAGUGUUCGUGAAAUAAUUUGUGUUUAAUACAUUUUAUUUUGUUACGUACCAAUUUUUUUUUAUAUGGCAUUUGUUUGUAGCACAUUUACAAUUUAAUACGUCAGCCACUAGAGUGUGGCAUUUGUUAUUAUUUUUUUGUAAUAAAAAAAACAGAAAGAACGAAAUUUUGUUGUGGAAAAUUUUUCCAAAGAAGUGAAAAUUUUGUAUAGAAGUUUGUGUUGUUAGACAAAACAAAAAUUCCAUAAAAUGAGUGAUAAAUUAGUAAAUAACGGUGGAACCGGUGAGGAAAUCUCAUCUCAGAAAGAAGUUCGUGUUUGGUGUGAUGGAUGUUAUGAUAUGGUGCAUUUUGGCCAUGCAAAUUCCUUAAGACAAGCCAAAGCUCUUGGUGAUAAAGUGAUUGUUGGCAUACACACAGACGAGGAGAUUGCCAAACACAAAGGACCUCCAGUAUUCACCGAAGAGGAGCGUGUGAAAAUGGUUAAAGGCAUUAAGUGGGUAGAUGAAGUAGUGCUGGGCGCUCCAUAUGUUACCACACUGGAAGUAUUAGAUGAACACAAUUGUGAUUUUUGUGUACAUGGUGAUGACAUAACCAUGACAGCUGAGGGAGUUGAUACAUAUCAUUUGGUUAAAAAAGCCAAUAGAUACAAGGAAGUUAAACGCACAGCUGGUGUUUCAACCACAGAUUUAGUGGGUCGUAUGUUAUUGUUAACCAAAAAUCAUUUCCAUCAAGGUUCUGCGGAAUAUGCCAUUGAAAAAGAAGAAAAAUCAUUAAUUGAUAAAGUCUUGAAUAAAACCAUACCCAAAUCCAAAUUAUUAUCAUUAGGUUCAUCAAAUAUGGGUCAAGAUUCAGCCGCCAAAUCUCCCUGGACUGGUUGCAGUCAAUUCCUGCCCACCACUCAAAAAAUCAUACAAUUCAGUGAUGGAAAAUCUCCCAAAGCUGGUGACAAAAUUGUUUAUGUAGCUGGUGCCUUUGAUUUAUUCCAUGUGGGCCAUUUAGAUUUCCUACAAAAGGCCAGAGAAUUGGGUGAUUAUCUUAUUGUUGGCUUGCACACAGAUCCCGUGGUUAAUUCCUACAAAGGCAGCAAUUAUCCCAUUAUGAAUUUACAUGAGCGUGUACUCAGUGUAUUGGCGUGUAAGUAUGUUAACGAAGUUGUUAUUGGUGCCCCCUACUGUGUUACCGAAGAUUUGCUGGAUCAUUUCAAAGUUGACGUAGUGUGUCACGGUCAGACACCGAUUGCUUUCGAAGAUGGCAAACUAGAUCCCUAUGCCGUACCCAAGACACGAGGUAUUUUCAGCCUCAUCGAUUCCGGCAACGAUAUGACAACCGAACGUAUUGUGGAGCGCAUCAUUAACCAUCGUCUCGAAUACGAAAGACGCAACAAAGCCAAAGAAAAGAAGGAGGUGGAAGCCAUUGAGGCCAUGCAACGUGCCAAGCAAACACAAAAGGCCGGCUAAUAUUAAGAAAUGACACAAAUAGGAACCCGCGCGCCACACACAAAUCUCUCUCCUAUUCUAACUAAUAAUCCUCUAAAUAAUAAAUACCACAAAACAAUAACAACAACAACUACAAAUAACCAGAAUUAAUGGAACUAGAUUUUCGAGAACCUAGAUACAAUUUUAAGCCUUGAGUGUUUUUUUUUUCUUUUAGGAAAAAUAAUACAUAUAUAACAAUGGAAAAACUAAACAAAACACUCAAAUUUUUAAAAGAAUUUCAUCGUAAUUUUAAUCUAAUUAUAAUUAUUAGCUUUCUAUUUUUAUUAAUUAUUUUGUUUUAUUAUUAUAAUAAUUAUUUAUUAGUAAUUAAGAGUUUUUCUUUUAGGUUUUAUUUUUUUUAUUUUUUUUUUGUUUGUUUUAAAUUUUUAAUAGUACAAUCUAUAUUUUCAUCAGUUUGUUUUUAAUUUGUCUGUUAUUGAGUAUAUAUUCACAUAUAUUUUGUUAAAAUCCUUAAUUUUGAUUGUCUUUCAAUGCUAUUUCCUGUCUAAAAAUGCUUGUAAUUUACUAAAUAACUAAAUUAAUAAUCGCUUUCAAUUUAUAUAUGAAAAAAUCUCUAGCUAAAUAUAACAAAUUUAUCAAUUAAUUAUUAUAAAUCUUAACCCUUGUCUAACAGCAGUCUAAUGGAAUUAAAACCAAAUUUUAUCAGUUUAUUGUUUUUAUUUUCUUUUUGCUUUUAAGUUUUAUGUUUAUUCCUUUUUGAUUUUAUCCAUAAUUAUUUUUGUCAAACAAAGAAAAAAAAAAAACAUUUAUAUUGUUUUUUAUACUUAUAGAAUGUUUUUUAUUUUAUAAAUUAAUUUAUUAUAUGUGUUUAAUAAACAAUAUUAUUAUGUAUUUAAACAGAAAACUAUGAAUAUAAAA